AUGCCAAAACGAUUCCUCAAUGUUGAAUAUGGCACACUUACUACUGAAAUCGAUGUGACUGACUUUGAAGACCUGAGUGACGUUCAGGAUGCUAUCAAGGCAGAGUAUGGUCCUGCUAUGGCUGACAUUGAUGCUCCUCAACUCCAACUCUACACCAACACAAACCAUCAAGACUUUUCUCCUAAACGACAACGUACCGAACCCAAUGAUUUGACAGCCCAAUUCAAGUCGUUUGCAAACGCCCAGCUGAUCGAUGAAUGCAUACAGUCGACAGAUCAUGUCCUUUUCCCAUACACCCAAGACAAAAUACAAAAGCUAUAUGUUAGAGAGUGCUAUCAUGAUGUGUUUGGCUUGCUUUUGGAUCAUAUUGAUCGUGGCAUCGAAUCAUUUGCAAUAUCUGGAACAUCAGGCAUCGGAAAAUUCCUGCAUGCUGAUAUUGCUUCAAGAUAUGUUGGAGAACAACUCUGGCAACGUCACUCUGCUCAAAUGAUUACCAAUAUGCAGCAAAUGUUUGAUAGUAUUCCAACCGAGAUUUCAAGACAUUUGUUUGAAAUAUACGGACAUGUGGUUUUUUGUACUGGUGGACAAACUCUCAAAUGCAGAUGCCUGGAAGAUGGUAAAGCAACAAAGAUCACUUUGGAUGCACUCAAUGGCCAACGAAUUACAUUUGGAAUAAAUACUAUCCCUACUGCUGCAGCACUUGAUGGCAACUAUUACGAACCGACAGAUGACGAUAGUUUUGCAGCAAUUGAUUCACUCAGUCGACAGGGAAUGUUCCAAUUUACAGCUGUUGCUGAACAUCCUAUUUGUGGAGUUGAUAUUCUUACAAAACUGUGCAAUUUGUAUGAUGAACCCAAACUUUAUUUUGUGGUUCCGCCUCAUCGGUUUAAAGGGUUCAAAAAGCAGACUUUUAAACCAAUUGAUGGCACAGAGCAGAUACAACCCAUUCAUGGAUUGAAGCAAUACGAUAUCACACCUGACAACUUUGAAUCGAAUUUAGCAGUGAUUAUAGGUGAAAACACCAAUCUAGCACAACAACAAUUCCAGACAAUUCCAGACAAUCUGAUUCUUAUUAGUUCUAAAACCAGAACUCACAUUGUAACCACAAACCAAAUGCGUUCAAUAUCAAUCACAAUCAUCAUGUACGAAUGUAUCAAAGUAUGUCGUCAACUUUUGAAUAUUUUAGCAGUCUUGCUUAAAACAAGUGGUAUCAUCCAGUGCACUACAUAUACUACUCAUGAAACACACAAACUUCAAAUAACUGCGCAACUAUUUGUUCAAACUCUGCUCCAAAUAUAUGUUGUUGUAUACAGCAAACCUGGUAAAGUGUUGUAUUUUGUCAUGGCUGCAUUGUUCCGAGACAUAAUUCAAGGCUUGUUACAAUGGGUUACUGGAUUUGAUAUCCAAUAG